AUGGCAGAAGGUAAUGGUGAGGUACCGGAAGAAUCAAUGAAGAUCGACGUCGAACGUACUGAAGACUACCAGAAGCUGCUGGAAUAUGGCCUUGACGAGAAAGUUGCUGCAAAAUUGGAUGAGAUCUAUAAGACUGGCAAGCUAGUACACGUUGACCUAGACGAAAGAGCGCUGGAGCCUUAAAAGAAUUUCCUGUUGAUGGGGCGCUCAAUGUUUUAGGUCAGUUCCUAGAUUCCAACUUGGAGCACGUGUCAAAUAAAUCGGCGUACCUAUGCGGAGUCAUGAAGACCUACAGACAGAAGAGCAGAGCGGGGACCAGCGGCUCGGCGGGUGCGGCCACUCCCGCGCCAGCGCCCGUCAAGGGACCCGACCAUGAUAAGAUCAAAAAAAUAUUAGACCGAACCGGAUAUGCUUUAGAUGUUACUACCGGUCAACGAAAAUUCGGUGGUCCCCCACCGGACUGGGAAGGUGCGCCGCCGGGUUCGGGAUGCGAAGUUUUUUGCGGCAAAAUUCCCAAAGACAUGUACGAAGAUGAGCUGAUUCCAUUAUUCGAGGAAUGCGGCCAUAUAUGGGACCUUAGACUAAUGAUGGACCCAAUGACGGGUACCAAUAGAGGAUAUGCCUUUGUAACAUUUACAAAUCGGGAAGCAGCCCAAAUAGCCGUCCAAAAGUUGGAUAAUCAUGAAAUCAAACCUGGAAAGAAUCUGAAAAUUAACAUUAGCGUGCCAAAUCUACGUCUUUUCGUCGGAAACAUUCCAAAGUCAAAAGGCAAAGAGGAGAUCUUGGACGAAUUUGGUAAAUUGACAGCCGGCCUGAUGGAAGUUAUUAUUUACUCGUCGCCCGACGAUAAGAAGAAAAAUCGUGGAUUUUGCUUUUUGGAAUAUGAAUCACAUAAGGCAGCAUCUUUAGCGAAACGAAGAUUGGGUACAGGACGGAUUAAAGUUUGGGGCUGCGAUAUUAUAGUAGAUUGGGCUGAUCCUCAAGAAGAACCAGAUGCGCAAACUAUGUCUAAGGUCAAGGUCCUCUACGUAAGAAAUUUAACACAGGAAAUAAGUGAAGAAAAAUUAAAAGAAGAAUUUGAACAGUACGGCAAGGUAGAAAGGGUGAAGAAAAUCAAAGAUUACGCUUUUAUACAUUUUGAAGAUAGGGAUAAUGCCGUUAAGGCAAUGGAAGCCUUAGAUUCUAAAGAAUUAGGGGGUUCAAAUAUUGAAGUGUCACUAGCCAAACCUCCUUCUGAUAAAAAGAAAAAAGAAGAAAUACUUAGAGCCAGAGAAAGAAGGAUGAUGCAGAUGAUGCAAGUUAGAGGAGGCAUGAUGCCUGGAACUAUGCCCAUGAGGGGUCCCCCUGGAACUGCAGGCCCAAGAGGAGCAGGAAGUAUGAGGUCAGCGCCGAUGGGAAGGGGUGAUUACGAUUACGAUUACGACUAUUACGGUUACGGGGACUAUAGAGGCGGCUACAGUGAUCCCUAUUAUGAUGAUUUUUACCGGUAUGAAGAUUACUAUUACGAUUAUCAGCCGGCCCCAACACCAGCGAGAGGAAGGGGUCGGCAACCAGCACCGGAACUGGAUGAAGGAGUCACGUCAGGUGUAUUCUACGAUCUUAGCAGUGGAACACAGGCUGGCCGUGGGCGUGGGGUGGUGGCACGUGGCCGGGCAGGUGGCCCCCCAGCCCGUGGGGCGGCAGCCAACAGAGCGGGCCGGGGCGGAGCAACAGGGGCCCGUGGGGCAGCACGCCAAGCCGCUCGUGGAGUGGGCCGCGCCAAGGCAAGUUUACCAGCAGGUAAGCGAAAGUUUGACGGGGGUCACCAGAACCAGGGGGAGACAAAGCGCCGAUACCAGAGCAACUGGGGAGCCAGCCCCUUUCACAACAGCCGCUGGGGGCGGACGUGAACGGUGAACAGCAGGCAUGGUACCAGGAUUCCUACGGCUCCUGGAGCUAA